AUGUUACCAAAGCGCAUCCUGGUAAUCGCUGGCUCGGACAGCUCGGGUGGAGCCGGGCUAGAGGCUGAUCAGAAGGUGAUUGCAGCACAUGGCUGCUAUGCUAUGACCGCUACUACUGCAUUGACAGCACAGAACACACUAGGUGUGCAGGAUAUACAUCACACACCCCCGGCAUUUGUGCAGAAGCAGAUUGAUGCUGUCUGUGAGGAUGUCGGAGUGGAUGUUGUCAAGACUGGCAUGCUUGCGUCAGCUGAGACAAUCACGGUUGUUGCCGAUGCAUUGAAACGACACAGCAUCAAGAUUAGUGUUGUUGACCCUGUGACGGUCUCGACAUCAGGCUCUCAACUUCUACCCGAAGCUGCAAUUGCAACGCUCAUUGAACAUCUUCUCCCUCACACUACGCUUCUAACGCCAAACCUGCCAGAAGCAAAACUUCUUCUGAAAGCUGCUGGUGUUGAUGUGUCUGACCCACAAAAUGUCGACGACAUUGUCGCCAUGGCUCGCCACAUCCACGAGCGAGGCCCAAAAUGGGUGUUGCUCAAAGGAGGCCAUCUGCCAUUGACACGCGGUCAUGUUGUUAGUAAAGAGGUGGACCGAGAGGUCGUAUUGAAUGUGCUCGUUGGCGAUAGCGGCGUCACUUUGAUGGAAAGCGAGUACCUGCGGUCGAGCAACACCCACGGUACGGGGUGUUCGCUGGCCUCAGCAAUUGCGUGCAACCUUUCUCUCGGCAUGCCGAUGGUCAAGGCUGUCAAAGAGGCCAAUCGGUACAUUGAAGCCGGAAUCAAGACGGCAGUACAGAUUGGCAGUGGAAGUGGACCAAUCAACCAUUUCCACUCGGUAUACACUUUGCCGUUUGCGCCCGGUAACUUCAUAUCGUACCUACUCGACCGAGAAGAUGUACAGAUACCAUGGAAAGAGUAUACCCAACACGAGUUUGUGCAGAAGAUGGGAGAUGCGACACUACCGCUUGAGAAGUUCAUGUACUAUCUUGUGCAGGACUACCUGUUCCUAGUGCAAUUUGCAAGAGCAAAUGCGCUCUCGGCAUACAAAUCAAGCAACCUCAAAGACAUUGGCCGCUCCGUCCAGCAAGUCGUGACAUUGCAAGAAGAGAUUCAGCUCCACAUCGACUUCUGCAAGGAGUACGGCCUGUCCGAAACCGACAUCAUCCAUGAAGAGGAAGACCAAGCUACGACAGCAUACACGCGCUAUGUGCUUGACAUUGGCAUGUCACAAGACUUCGUUGCGCUGCAAAUAGCCCUCCUUCCCUGCCUGAUUGGAUACGGCAUCAUUGCCAAGCGGCUCUAUGAAGACGCAAACACAGUCAGGGUGGGAAGUAAGUACUGGAAGUGGAUUGAGCAGUACGUGGCGGACGAGUACAGGGGUGCAAUGAUGAGGGGAAGCGAGUUGGUGGAGAAACACGCGGCCGGCCUGAGCCCGAGCAAAGUGGAGGAACUAGCCAAGGUGUUUAUCCACGCAACCAAUAUGGAGAAGGGCUUCUGGGACAUGGGACUGAGGGCUGGGCAGGCGCUGGUCUCUACCAAACACACGCACAUCAUGUCUUACGGCGGCGGAUACGGUGGAGGAUACGGCGGCGGUCGCGAUGGCGGCGGCCGUGGCUACUCGAACGGGUACGAAAACAGCAAUGCUGGAUACGGGUCUUACAGCAACUCGACAAGCCACUAUGCAUCGUACGGUGGCGGCUACGGUGGCGGCUCGAACGGCUACUCUGGCGGCGGCGGAUACGGCGGUGGCGGCUAUGGUGGUCGUGACGGUGGCGACCGCAUGUCGCAACUCGGCCAAGGCUUGAAGCAGCAACAAUGGGAUCUUGACUCUCUGCCCAAGUUCGAAAAAUCUUUUUACAAGGAGGAUCCCGCAGUCACCGCGCGCUCGGAGGCCGAGGUCGCAGAAUACCGCAAGGAGCACCAGAUGACUGUCAAGGGUGUGGACAUCCCUAAGCCUGUCACCACGUUCGAUGAGGCUGGUUUCCCAUCUUACGUUAUGAACGAGGUCAAGGCUCAGGGUUUUGCAAAGCCCACUGCUAUUCAGGCACAGGGCUGGCCCAUGGCUCUCUCUGGUCGUGACGUCGUUGGUGUCGCUGAGACUGGUUCCGGAAAGACGCUCACAUACUGUCUGCCCGCCAUUGUCCACAUCAACGCUCAGCCUCUCCUUGCUCCUGGUGACGGUCCUAUUGUCCUCAUUCUCGCCCCCACCCGUGAGCUUGCUGUCCAGAUUCAACAAGAGAUCAGCAAGUUUGGAAAGUCCUCGCGCAUUCGCAACACUUGCGUCUACGGAGGUGUUCCCAAGGGUCCCCAAAUCCGUGAUCUGGCUCGCGGUGUCGAGGUCUGCAUUGCCACUCCUGGACGUCUCAUUGACAUGCUCGAGGCUGGCAAGACUAACCUCCGCCGUGUUACCUACCUGGUUCUCGACGAGGCUGACCGCAUGCUUGACAUGGGUUUCGAGCCUCAGAUCCGUAAGAUCAUCGGACAGAUUCGGCCCGACCGUCAGACCUGCAUGUGGUCCGCUACAUGGCCCAAGGAAGUCCGCCAACUCGCUGCCGACUACCAGAAAGACUGGAUCCAGGUCAACAUUGGAUCCAUGGAUCUCUCUGCCAACCACCGCAUUCAGCAGAUUGUCGAGCAUCUCGAGACCAUCAUGAGCGACAAGGACAACAAGAUCUUGAUCUUCACAGGUACCAAGCGCGUUGCCGACGAGAUUACCCGAUUCCUUCGCCAGGACGGCUGGCCGGCGCUUUCCAUCCACGGUGACAAGGCACAAAAUGAGCGUGACUGGGUCUUGAACGAAUUCAAGACGGGCAAGAGCCCCAUCAUGGUUGCUACUGACGUGGCUUCCCGUGGUAUCGAUGUCCGCAACAUUACUCACGUGCUCAACUAUGACUACCCGAACAACUCGGAGGACUAUGUCCACCGCAUUGGUCGUACUGGUCGUGCUGGCGCUAACGGAACUGCCAUCACCCUCUUCACUACAGAAAACUCCAAGCAGGCCCGUGAUCUCGUCCAGAUUCUCUCCGAGUCCAAGCAGCCAAUUGACCCUCGCCUCCACGAGAUGGCUCGCUACGGCGGCGGCGGUGGCGGCGGUGGUCGCUGGGGAGGUGGCCGUGGCCGUGGAGGUGGUCGCGGCGGCCGUGGUGGCUGGACUGGAGGUAACAGCGACCCCGUUCGCAACAGCCGCUGGUAG